AUGUCGAGAUUGAUUGUAAAAAAUUUACCUGGUUUGAUAACCAAAGAAAAAUUACAUCAAAUAUUUAGUGAGCAAGGAGUUGUGACAGAUGUACAACUAAAGUAUACAAAAGAAGGAAAAUUUAGAAAAUUUGCAUUUAUUGGUUUUCAAAAGCCAGAAUAUGCGGAAAAAGCAAAAGCUGCACUUAAUAAGACAUUUAUUAACAUGUCUAAAAUUCAAGUGGAGACUUGUGCUGAAUUAGGAGAUCCUAAUAAACCAAGGCCGUGGAGUAAAUAUGCUCCUGAGAAUGUUGCUAAAAAGAAAAAAAAACAAACACAGAUUAAUCAUAAUGAAUCGAAAAAAAAAUUAAAAAUGAAUGAAAAAGAAAAAAUUAAAGAUAAAGAGGUUAAAGAAUUAUUAAAAAAUCAUGAAAAUGAUGAUUUAUUUUCUGAAUUCAUGAAAAUCCAUGUUCCAGAUCUUUCUAUAAAUUCUGAUAAAAAAUUAGAAAAUGUAGAAGAAGAAAUAAAAAAUACAAACAAGAAUGAAAAUGAGGACAGUGAAAACAACAAAGAAGAAACAAAUGUUUUAGCCAACCAAGAUAUUCCUGAUUCAGAAUAUAUAAAAUUAAAAACAGGUCAAAACAUUUUAAUAAAAACAGAAUCGAAAAGUUCUGUCAAAUUAAAAAAAAAUGGUAAAGAAGCUUUAAAUAUUGAACUUUUUACAAUUAAGCUCAGAGGUCUACCAUUAGAAAUAAAAAAAAGUCAAAUUAAAGAGUUUUUAAAACCUAACAAACCUUUUUCUAUUCGAAAAGCAUUAAGGAUGAGAGGAACUGUUUUUUGCGGAUUUAAAACUGAAAAAGAAAUGAAGCAAGCUUUGAGAAAAAAUAAAAGUUUUUUAGGUGGAAAAAGAAUUUAUGUUAGUGAAGUAAGGAAAGACAAUAUGGCUGAGGUUAAUGAAAAAGAAAAAAAGUGGGAAGCCGAAAAUGAAAGAUUAAAAAAAUCGGAAACUGUUGCCGAAUCUGGUAGAAUUUUUAUUCGUAAUUUACCAUAUACAGUUACUGAAAAUGAAUUGAAGGAAGUGUUUGAAAAAUAUGGUCCUGUCAUUGAGUUUAUAUUGCCUAUUGAUUCAUUCACAAGAAAACCGAAAGGAUUUGGUAUUGUAACUUAUCUCAUCCCAGAACAUGCUUGCAAAGCUUAUAAUGAAUUAGAUGGCACGAUUUUCUCAGGGAGAAUGCUUCAUCUUCUUCCAGCCCUUCCUAAUAAUGAAUUUUCAGAAGAGGAUUUGAAUGAGGACUCGUUUAAGAAAAAAAAAAUGAAAAAAGAACAAUCAAAAAUUAAUUCGACAGCGAAUUGGAAUACUUUUUUUAUUGGAGAAAAUGCUUUGGCAGAAGUCGUUGCUGCCACAUAUAAAACAUCUAAAGAAAGCGUUCUUGAUGAUAAGAAAAGUGGAGCAGCUGUGCGACUUGCAUUAGGAGAAACGCAAUUCGUUAAUAAAAUGAAAGAGUUUUUGGAAGAAAACAAUGUUUGUUUGGACUCAUUUGAAAACAUGUCCGUUUCACCCCGAUCGAACACUGUCAUCCUCGUUAAAAAUUUACCCUUCGGCACUACGUCGGAAGAAAUAAGUGAAAAAUUUAGAAAAUUCGGAUUGUUAAGUAGAGUUGUGGUACCUCCGUCCGGCGUGGCAGCUCUCGUUGAAUUUGCUGAGCCGUCAGAAGCGAGAAUAGCUUUUCGUCGUCUUUCUUAUUCGAAAUUUAAACACGUUCCUCUCUAUUUAGAAUGGGCUCCGGAAAAAGUUUUUUCGACCGAAGCCAAACCCGUGGAAAAAAUUGAAAAAACCUGUAAUGAAAAUUUGGAAAGUGAAAAAUCAACUAAUCAAAAUCAAAGUGCAGAAAACGAGACUCAGAAAACUACAGGUACAAUUGAAGAACAACGCGUUCCUGAGGAAGGUACGGUCAUUUUUGUUAAAAACCUGAAUUUUGCCACCAAUGAAUCAUCACUGCGAAAGCAUUUCGAAGCUUGCGGUACCGUUUUGUCGGUAACCAUAGCACGGAAAAAAGAUCCAAAAGAACCGGGUAAAAGUCUUUCGAUGGGUUAUGGCUUUGUAGAGUUUUCCCUUAAAGAAGAAGCAGACAAAGCAUUGAAAACUUUACAAUUUACAAAUUUAGACGAUCAUAAAAUUGAAUUAAAAAGAUCUAACAGAACUACAUCUGUUGCAAAUACAAAUUCGAGGAACACUUAUAAAAAAUGCGAAAAACCGAGUUCGAAAAUAUUAGUAAGAAAUGUACCGUUUCAAGCAACGAAACGUGAAAUCGGUGAUUUAUUUAAAGUUUUCGGUGAAAUAAAAGCUAUCAGGUUACCAAAAAAAUUAGUAGGUUCUGGUUCACAUCGUGGAUUUUGUUUUGUCGAAUACAAUACCGUUCAAGAUGCUAAGAGAGCUUUUAAUUCUCUUUCUCAAAGCACUCAUUUAUACGGUAGACGUUUGGUUCUUGAAUGGGCAGCCGUGGACGAUGACAUUGAAAAUCUUAGAAUAAAAACUGCCGAACAAUUUAAUGCAGGUUUGUAA